AUGAGAUAUGCUACGAUAGCAUUGGAUCAGCUUACGCCGUGGUCACAAUUAAAUGAUGUCAAGUUGUAUGGGACGAAGAUCAGUGCCAAUAUCGUUACGGAAGAGGGCGUCAGCAAAGGAGGUGGACUUGUCUCUACCUCCACGCACGAGUCUGAGGAUGUGUUGCUGUCAAUACCUUCAGACCUAAUCUUAUCUAAAGAGUCACUCUUGCAGUGCGCCAAGACCGAUGUACAUUUACGGCAGCUUGUUGAGGUACUUGAGGAUUUCAUCGAGAUGACCAUUUCAAGUCCCGACUUUACCGAUUACGCCAUUGGAGUAAGAAGUCCUUUUACUGACUAUUUCUGCGCCCUACCCAAGGAGAUCUCACUUCCGACUUUCCUCUCGGCCGACGAACGUAAUUUGCUAGUCGGCACUUCAUUGUUCGAUGCGCUCGAGCAGAAACUAGCCAGUCUUGAUCGGGAGUUUGAGCUCCUGAAAGACAGGACGAUUUCUAUCGAUUGGUGCAGCAGGCUUUGGUGGCACGAGGAAAGUGGAAGGCUAAGCUUCGACGAUUGGAAGCUUGCUGAUGCUCUCUACAGAUCGCGCGCUCUAGAUCUGCCCCAGGGUGUCGGCGAUGCUAUGGUACCUGUUCUAGACAUGGCGAAUCACUCUGCCGAUGAUCGCUACAACGCACGCUUCGAAAUUGGCGAUGGUGGUAGAGUGUUGCUUAUGGUACGUGGCGGUAGACAAAUUGCAGAGCAUGAGGAAAUCAACAUCACAUAUGGCUGUGGAGGAGCAUCCGAGAUGAUCUUCUCCUAUGGCUUUCUAGAGGAAAACGUACAGAGUGCACGAGAGAUGUUCCUGAGCCUGCCAGCCCCGCAGGAUGAUCCGUUACGGGCCGCGAAGAUGUACUUCGCAAAGGAAGCUCCAGGGGUAAGGAUUUUCCUCAAUGCCAAAGGUCAUGUGAGUUGGGAAAGCAACUUUGUAUGGUGGCUAUGCAUCAACGAAGAGGACGGUCUAGACUUCGAGGUGUUGCAAACAAGAGAUGGCGCAAGAGAGCUGCGAGCAACGUGGAAAGGAGAAAGCUUGAGUCCUGAAUGCCUGGAAUCGACCUUGAUCAGCGACGAUCGCAAGGAUAUUUUCUUGCUGCGAGCCACAGUGAUUAUCCAGCAGCGGAUCGAAAGUCAAGGGGAAGAGCUAAGCACGAGUCAGGCAGCGUUUGAUCAAACUCUAGCUCGUAUACGAUCAGAUGACAGGAAAUUCGUGCAUGAAACCAUCCGGAGUCUGCGUGGACUGGAGUUGAACCUUUUGGCGGCCAGCUUUAGCGCUUUGGAAUCUGCGAAACAGGAGCUGCUUCUCUCUCGGACAGUCGCCGAGUAUCUUGCAGCCAGUUCGACUACUAUCCAUGAGCCCGAAGGACAGCAGGAAGAAGACUUCUCGUAG